AUGAACUCUUUACUUUUACAUUGUGAAAAAACCCCUAAAUAUCUUGGAUUUAUUCUUGAUCCUGAGAUCUCUUGCAAUAAACACAUUGACUCACUUGUUAACCGGGCUAAAAUUCGCCUCAACGUUAUGAAGUUUAUUUCUGGACGUGACUGGGGUGCAGAUGCUAAGACCCUAAGAACUACAUACAUUUCUGUGGUUCGCCCAGUUCUUGAAUACGGGUUUCAAAUAUAUCAUGUUGCCUCGAAUACCAAUUUGCAGAAACUAGAGCGAGUUCAGCUCAGCGCAGCUCGUAUUAUCACUGGGCUCCGCAGAAGCACGCCAUCCAACAUCGUACUCUACAAGGCUGACUUACAGCCAUUGAGGGAUAGAUGUAUUCCUAAUCUUAUAAAGUACUUUAGCAAACUUUAUAGCUACCGUUUUCAACAUCGAACCGCUAAUUUCCUGUGUGGUUGGAAGAACACUCAGAGGUUGAAGAGGUAUAGUCCUCUUGGACAUGCUGAAAAGUUAGAUGUUUUGCAACCCAUUGUUUCUUCUAACUCUCUAAAGCCUAUUGCUUCCCCUCUUGACAAAUUAUCUGGUGUGUACUUCCAUACAGAACUAUUGACUUACACUAAUAAAUCUUCUCAACAUCCUGAAUUUCUAAGACAAGCUGCUCUUGAAGUAAUCAAUAAUAUCCCAUCCGAAGCUGUACUGAUUUAUACUGACGGUAGUAAAGAUGAAAAUGGUCACACUGGUAGCGGGGUUGUAAUUAAAUCCGGCAAUGAAGAGACUUUCCUUAGUCAGCGCAACCCUGACUUUAGUUCCGUCUUUGGCUCAGAAUUGAUAGCCAUUGACAUGGCUCUGGGCUUUUCUUUAGAUCACCAAUUAAUCGGUGAGAUUUGGCUUCUAGUUGAUAGUCGUAGCGUCAUACAGUACUUAGAAAACUGGAGGAAUAUUGUAGACCAGAGAGGCAUCCGUGUUUUUGAAAAAUUAAAAUUGAUGUCCAAGUCCUCCGCUAUACAUUUUCAAUGGAUACCAUCUCAUGUAAACCUUAAAUAUAAUGACAUUGCCGAUAGUCUGGCUAAGAAGGGUUCAUCCCUGACUCUGAAUUCUGCUGAGCCCUUAACUUUCCAGGAAAUGCAUUCCAGAAGUAAGGCCCUUGUCAACUCAUCUUGGAAACUACCACCUUCCCAUCCUUGGUACCUUGGCUCUGGCCCUGGUGGUGCUCUGAGCUUUGGCGGGGCUAGACAAGACCAGACGGCUCUGUCUAGAUUUAAAUCUGGCCACCUCAAGACUCUUCGGUUCUCCGGUGGGAACAAGGUCCAUGUUAUGUCGGACGAUCGCGGCUUUUUCAAAGCAGAUUCCCCUGUCCCUUAA